GAGGGAGCUAACGGGGGCAGUCACUCCCAUCCCAACGGUAGUAUGUCUGGGGGCAGAAGAGGAGGACGGAACCAUUCAUUCUUCUGUGGUUCCCGGAGAAAACGUGGAGGAUCAAGAAGAGCUACUAAAGGGGGAAAAAAAAUAACAGUUCAAAUCAAACCCGAGACUUAAACUGCAGGAGGAAGACACACAUAAAGACCCUGCUGGACUUCAGAGGCGCUGCUUCAAAAAAAAUCGCACCGCCAGCAGUUACACAUUUCAGCGUGAGAAAAAAAACAGGAGAGUCAGGUGCGAUAAGAUGUUGUGAGGAGUUGAAAGAUUUGGAUCGUUUGGAUUUAACUGAAGACUUUGUCUCUUCGUCCACACGAGAGGUGUGUCUGAUGUGACGCCAGCGGGCUGGCUCAGGGAACACAACUUCAAUACAAUGUAGACACCGAAAACCAGACAGAAUAAGAGCCUGAAGACCGAGUCGACCGAAGGAGGGUGAGUUGAAGGAGGAGGAAGAACAGCUGUGCUGAAACGACACCGGAAGAAGAUAAGAAGUGAAAGGAGCAGAGAGGAAAAAGGGGGAAGCAGCAGACUGUGAAUCAUUGACCAGAACCUUGUGUGUACAGCGUUGUCACUCACUCCUUCCCGAGAAGUGUUCACUUGCUCUCACAUCUCCGCCGGAGAAGAAUCCCAACCACCGGCUCUCGGCCUUUGGAGGGGCCUCCCGCUCUACCUGUCCACCUCUCAGCAGCGUUGAAAUCUGAGCAGAGAGAGAGACUCCAGCCACCGUCAGCAUGUGCCAUGUCAUUGUCACCUGCCGCUCCAUGCUGUGGACUCUGCUGAGUAUUGUGACCGCGUUCGGAGAGCUCAUCGCCUUCAUGAGCACUGACUGGCUGGUGGGAUUCCCCCGCACACCCGAUGCUGUCUUCAGCCCCCAUGGGGCCACCGCAGCCGGAGAGGCCUACAGGCCCACUUUAGGCAUCUACGGCCGCUGUAUAAAACUGCCCCACCUGAAGCGUGGAAUACUGUGUGGACCGUACGCGAUACACUUUGGGGAGAUUGCCAGCGGGUUCUGGCAGGCAACUUCUAUCUUCCUGGCGGCAGGGAUCCUGCUGCUGUGUGCCGUGGCGUUCAUCUCGGUCUUCACCAUGUGCUUCCAGAGCAUCAUGAAGAAGAGCAUCUUCAACGUGUGUGGACUGCUGCAAGGGAUCGCAGGUCUGUUCCUGAUCCUGGGUCUGAUGCUGUACCCCGCUGGCUGGGGUUCAGACAAGGUCCAGCUGUACUGCGGUCCCGACGCGGCUCCGUACCGGGCCGGGCUCUGCUCCAUGGGCUGGGCCUUCUACACCGCCAUGGGCGGCACCGUGCUCACCUUCAUCUGCGCGGUCUUCUCCGCACAGGCCGAGAUCGCCACCUCCAGCGACAAGGUCCAGGAGGAGAUCGAGGAGGGGAAAAGCCUCAUCUGCCUCCUCUGAGGCCCAGAUACUUUAGUCCUGUUUGGAAAAGAAGAAGAAGAAGAAGAACCACCUGCCUUCUGUCUUUUCCCAUAAGACUGGCCUGUGAAAUGGAGGCCCCUGCGUUGUUUACCACUAAAACUGUCUGUUUGUCUGUCGCUGUUUUGUGUUCAUGUGGGAGAAAUCUACAAGUGCCAAGUUUUUUCUCAGUGUUUGUCUUUGUCUUUCAGCAACGAGAGGUGCUGUGUCUGUUAUUGUAUUCACGUUUAACAAUGUGGACGCCCAGAGAGGCUUUGUCUGUCGCCACUUGUUCUGUAAAUAAGUGUGAUUAUAUAUAUUUUGUACAUAGUUAUGAUGAUCGCAGAAUGAUCGGUCGGCUCGAUCCAGGCUUGGCUGAUGAUGUCACUCUUGCCUUAAAAACACUGGUGUUUUUGUCACCAGACUACAACCAGCUAAACCUGGAUCUGUUAACUGUUUGCCACGUGUGGGUAUAAACUCAACAAGGGAACCACUACUCAGUCAGAAUAAACUACUCGCAGAACAAAAUGGCUUUAUUUUUUUUUUUUAAAGCUUACAGAAUGUACUGUCAUUUGAAUGAUUUAAUGUGUUUGCAGACCCUUGAAAUGUAUCAAUGGAAAAUUAUCUCCACGCAGACUGCGCGAGGAUGUGCAGAGUGAAGCUCUGUGGUGCCUUCUCGUUUGUCCCCUCUCCCGAAAUGAAGUGAGCUUAAUCCUAGCCUGAGCGGAGAGCUGACCUGUGAAAGGGUCUGUGCCUGGUCCUCGUUCAGCAGACCUCCUGGAUCUGUGCACAAAGACAUGGACAAUGAAUGCUGAGGACACAUGCAGUACAUGAAGUAUUGUUAUUGUUAUUAGUAAUGUCUGGUUUCAGGGAGUCUGCCGAGUCCUAGAUGGUGUCCUAUCUGUUCCCAUGUGUCUGUUCUACCGAAAGAAUAAAGAGAA